UCACCAGAGUGCGCCGCGCCGGGAGAGGGAAGGGCGGGGGGAGGAGAGGAGCGCGGGCCGGGACCUCUCCCCGCGGCGGUGCCGGGCGCCAUGGCCCCCCCCAAGGACAUCAUGACCAACUCGCACGCCAAGUCCAUCCUCAACGCCAUGAACGCCCUGCGGAAGAGCAACACGCUCUGCGACGUCACCCUCCGCGUGGAGCACAAGGACUUCCCGGCCCACCGCAUCGUCCUGGCCGCCUGCAGCGACUACUUCUGCGCCAUGUUCACCAGCGAGCUCUCAGAGAAAGACAAACCCUAUGUAGAUAUCCAGGGCCUGACAGCCUCCACCAUGGAGAUCCUGCUGGACUUUGUGUACACAGAGACUGUUCAUGUGACAGUGGAGAACGUCCAGGAGCUGCUCCCAGCAGCUUGUCUGCUCCAGCUGAAAGGUGUGAAGCAAGCUUGCUGUGAGUUCCUGGAGAGCCAGCUGGAUCCAUCCAAUUGUUUGGGCAUCAGGGACUUUGCUGAGACACACAACUGUGUGGAUCUGAUGCAAGCUGCUGAGGUCUUCAGCCAGAAACACUUCCCAGAGGUGGUUCAGCAUGAAGAGUUUAUCCUCUUGAAUCAAGAAGAGGUUGAAAAGCUCAUCAAGUGUGAUGAAAUUCAGGUGGACUCGGAGGAGCCGGUGUUUGAAGCGGUGAUCAACUGGGUGAAGCACUCCAAGAAGGAGCGGGAGGCCUCGCUGCCGGAGCUGCUGCAGUACGUGCGGAUGCCGCUGCUGACGCCGCGCUACAUCACCGACGUCAUCGACACCGAGCCCUUCAUCCGCUGCAGCCUGCAGUGCAGAGACCUCGUGGACGAAGCGAAGAAGUUUCACCUUCGGCCUGAGCUCCGCAGCCAGAUGCAAGGACCCAGGACAAGAGCACGUCUGGGAGCUAACGAGGUCCUGCUGGUGAUCGGUGGCUUCGGCAGCCAGCAGUCCCCUAUCGACGUCGUGGAGAAGUACGACCCCAAGACUCAGGAGUGGAGUUUCUUGCCAAGCAUCACGCGCAAGCGGCGCUACGUGGCCACGGUCUCGCUGCACGACCGCAUCUACGUCAUCGGGGGCUACGACGGCCGCUCGCGCCUCAGCUCCGUCGAGUGCCUGGACUACACCUCGGACGAGGACGGCAUCUGGUACUCCGUGGCGCCCAUGAACGUGCGCAGAGGCCUGGCCGGAGCCACCACCCUGGGAGACAUGAUCUACGUCUCCGGAGGCUUCGACGGCAGCCGGCGGCACACCAGCAUGGAGCGGUACGACCCCAACAUCGACCAGUGGAGCAUGCUGGGGGACAUGCAGACAGCACGGGAAGGAGCAGGGCUGGUGGUGGCCAAUGGAGUCAUCUACUGCCUUGGUGGCUAUGAUGGGCUGAACAUUCUGAACUCUGUGGAGAGGUAUGAUCCCCACACAGGACACUGGACAAAUGUCACCCCCAUGGCCACCAAGCGCUCAGGGGCCGGCGUGGCGCUGCUGAACGACCACAUCUACGUGGUGGGCGGCUUCGACGGCACCGCUCACCUCUCCUCCGUGGAGGCCUACAACAUCCGCACCGACUCCUGGACCGCGGUCACCAGCAUGACGACCCCGCGCUGCUACGUGGGCGCCACGGUGCUGCGGGGCAGGCUCUACGCCAUCGCGGGGUAUGAUGGCAACUCCCUGCUGAGCAGCAUCGAGUGCUACGAUCCCAUCAUCGACAGCUGGGAGGUGGUGACCUCCCUGGGCAUGCAGCGCUGCGACGCUGGGGUCUGCGUCCUCCGGGAGAAGUGACCUGGGGGGGCUCGCAGAGAGCGUUCUGAAGAGCCUCAGCUGGAGGCAGAGUCCCAGGAGAUGCAGUGACUGUUCUCCAGGGCUGAAGAUGCUGUGGCAAUAGGCACCAGAAGAGCAGCUUUCUGUGCUGCUUUUGACUCGAGCAUGUGCAUAGCUGUGUCACCUCAGCAGUCAUUUGAGAUCGGGGGCUCUGUGCAGCUGGAGGAAGGAAGGUGCUGAAGCAGCUGGAGGAAGGAAGGUGCUGAAGCAGGUCAGGAGCUGCCUUCUCUGCUGUUGCUGUGGCUCAGCCUGUUGGCAGAGCAGAGAUGCCCCUGGCCUUGGUGCCAGCCAGCCUGGUGAACGCUGCCAAGGACGUGUACAUAGAGCUGGCUGGGCUCUGCAGCCCAGGCAGCUGCUCUGGUGGCUCCCAGCCGUGUGAACCCUGAACCCAGCUGCUCUCCUGCCCCAGCUUCAGCCCCUCCUGUACAUACUGAAUGUGUGCCCUGCUCCUGGAGCGCGCGGCGCAGCGCCAGGCCGGGCAGCAGGGCCCUCAGCUCUGCACCCAAGGGAGUCGCAGCUUAAAGCUGUCAACUACUGAGACCCAACAGCCUGAGGCUGCAGGGGCAGAGGGCAGGGGGCAGAGCUCUUUGCCUGGCACAGCAGCAGGUCUGCAGCCUUCGUGCUCAGCACAGCUCCUCAGAGAGCUGAGCAGCCCCAGCUGCAGAGCUCUGCAUCUCCUGGCAGCAGGAACCUUCCUGGGGUGCAGCAGUGCCUUUGCCCCCACCCCUGUGGGGAGGUCAUCCUGCAGAGGCCCUGAAAGUAAGGGACAGUUGCUCCUACCCCUGUGGAACUUGCUGGUCAGCAGCUGGGGUUGGUCCCUGGGCCACUUGUGUCCAGCACACCCACAUCAGCCUCUCAGUCAGGUUCAUUGUGUUGACUUUCACUUAGGAUUCUUCUGCUUCCUGGGCCAUUUUGGAGUGAAAUCCUGGACUGGGUCCUGCCCUUUGUCCUCAGCUGUUCAUUCCCCAGCCUCCCAACUCCACACCACCUGCCCCACGAGCCCCAGGUGAGAGCCUCCUCUCCUGCUCACAGAGCUCUCAGCAUGUCUCUGGGAGCUCUCCUGCACCAUCAGCUUGCCCCCUGCAGUGCCUGGGCUCUGUGUAGUGCUGCUCGUGGAGCUUGCUGCUGCCUCCUGCUUGGGGCUGAGGGUGGGCUCAGGGCUGGUAGCAUGACUGCAACGAUGCACUUUCAGCACCGCUCCCCUCGGCCUCUGUUCUAUCACACAAAGUGUUCUGUGGUUCUGUUUCCUAUUGUUUAUUUUUUAAUGAAAAUAUAAAGAAUAAAAUAUUUCCUG